GUCUAUAUAAGAAGAGCAUGUCAUGAAGGUGUUUGCUGUGUGGCUUCAACUUCGUCACAGUACUCAACAUGGAGGGUACGACGUGUUUCCUCCAAGAUCUGGUUUACAGCACCAAUGAUGUGCAAAUUGGCGACGACAUUAAAUCCCGGAUCCCCAUAUCAGCCAAGGACCAACACAAAGAGGUGGUGGUCACUAGUGACGACCUCAGCUUCCUGACCGUGGAGGAGAUAGAACUACUGGAUAAGCAAGGUCGGCGAUCUCCCAGAGAUGUGUCACAGUGGGCCGUGCGCAAUGACAACCUCAUUUUCAUCUGGGCCAAGCAUCGCGAAUACAGCUCGCUCGUCCCCGCGCUUGCCUGGAAUCUCGAGAAAUGCAUCGCUAUUGAAUGGAUCACGGAACGUCUGGAUACGGCGCUGGGCGAUCCCGAUCCACCACUCACUAAUGAAGACACAAAGAGGACAUUUAUUUCUCAAAGCACCUCGGAAGUCCUGCUUCGCAAAGCUCAGAAGAUUCACCGAGCUUGGAGAAAUGUGUGCGGGGAAGACCAUUACCAGACACGGGCUUGGGAAUAUAUACUCUCCGAGGAGCAUGAAGCUCAGGUAUUCGAACCAUUAGAGGUUUCCAACUUCUGGAGCCGGUGCGAUGCGGAUUGGGUUGAGUUUAUGUUGCCUGACCUUUGGAGGGCAGCUCGGCACCUGAGACCAGGAAUAGGGGUUCAAGAAGCCAUGGAACGGCUGAAGAGGGACUGUAUCAAGAAACAGAUGGAGAGCUUGUCAACCGCUGUCUAGUUUUAAGGUUCAAGUAGAAUCAUGUACCUUGAAGCGACAUGCAGUUUAGACGUACACCCAGGGCAGGGGUACCCGUGGCAAUGAUUAGUCCGAUGGCUCCAGUGCU